UUCAUUUGCUAUAAAAGACCAACAGACAUGCUGUUAAUAGUGUCAGAUGAAGAAAAGGAUGAAGAACCUGGGUUUUCUCCUGAUCGGUACGUUUGCAGCUUUUGCUGCAGCUGUUGCUGGGCCAGGCAGCUGUGUUGGUCGUUGUGGUGAGGUGUUUACCAGAGGUCAGCAGUGUACCUGUGACUCUAACUGCAUACGGCACAAUGAGUGCUGCCCAGACUACCAGGCUACUUGUAUCACUGCUCAGUCUUGUCGCGGUCGCUGUGGUGAGACCUUCAGGAGGGGUCUGCUGUGUGAGUGUGAUCCACUCUGCAUCCAGUUCAACACCUGCUGUCAAGACUACAGGCUCCACUGUGAUGCCACUGUGCCCGUCUCACAACCUGGGAGCCUCCAGUCUCGACGGACAACAGUCUCAAGAGUCUGGAAACCAGACAGGAACCGUAGAAGAUCCAACAGUGAAAGUGAGGAAUGGCACCCAGCAAGGAGCCGCUGCUCACAGCUUCCAGGAGCUCGGUGUCACAAUAGACUGGUCCUCUCUCACCCGUCUUCUGGUCCUGCUCCUCCAGCUGGAACAAAUCAUCAACACGGUGGGAGUAAAGUCCUUACUGGCCUCCAGCCACUGCCCUUCUCUCCUCAUGGGACUCAUCAUUACCAGCAUCUGCCCAGUAACAGUGCUCCAGCUCUGGGCAGCUCUGUGAGACCGUCCACCCCUGGAGAUGACGGGGGUAAACAGGACAUCCACCUGGUGGUGUUCCCUGGGGGAAUCAACCCAUUUGGACCAAGUGAAAGUUUUGGUGGUCCAGCGGCUUCUGGAUCCAGCACCCUGCCCCAGCCUUUGGGUCUCACUCUUGGAGAUGGAGGAUUAGAUGGAUCAGGGGUCCUGCAGGACGUGAACCUGUGCAGUGAUUCUCCCAUCAACGGACUGACAGCCCUCAGUAAUGGAACCAUCCUGAUAUUUAAAGGUGAGUUUUUUUGGUCAGUCGACCCCAUCAGGCGCUCCGUUGGUCGUCCACAGAACAUCACAGAGACCCUGGGCAUCUCCUCUCCCAUUGGCACCGUCUUUACUCGCCACAACUGUAAUGGGAACACCUACAUUAUUAAGGGGGACCAGUACUGGCGUCUGGAUGGGAACAUGGUGAUGGAGCCCGGCUACCCCAAACCUCUGUCCUCCGAGUUUCCAGGUCUGACUGGAACCAUCAGCGCUGUGCUGGCAGUGCCAGCCUCCAGCACCGGGCCAGAGACCGUGUUCUUCUUUAAAGAAGGAGACUUGUUGCAGAGGUUUAUAUUCCCACCAGGAAGCACUCAGUCGUGCAUCGAGAAUCCAAGGAGCUUCCCAGACAGACGGUUUACUCCUCAGACUGAGUUUCUUUUGAGUGGAGAGAUCAACAUCAAAGUUUCUCUAAUGGGCUUCCCAACCCCCAUCACCUCUGCUCUGUCCAUGCCCGGCUCUCAGAACGUCAGCAGACACCAACACUUUGUCUUCACUGGACCCAUUUUCUUCAGAGUCCAGAUUUUGGGCAACCUGCCAGCGCUGGUCACGCCUGAGCCCCCAGACGCCCUCCUACCCCUACCCGUCCUGCGUCCUGCUGUUUUGAUGAGCAACUCAAACGCGGCAGGACUCAAUCCUAGACCGCCUCACCCUCAAAACUCCAUCAGACUGUGGCUGCGCUGUCCCUAAACAGGAGACAUUAAAGACCAGCUGUGGUGUUUUCUGCAAAAUUAUCUACUUUGUAAAUGCUUUUGCUGAAUAGGAAACCAGCAACCCGUUUGUCCUUGAAUCUUAAAUAUGAGUUAAUUAUUCCUGAACUUAGAGGAUAAACAUAUCGAUCUGGAGAACAAAGCUUAUUGAAGCAGUAAAGUUAUCAAACCUCUCGUGAUUUUAAUCUGCCAAACGUCUGUUAAAG